UUAGAGGGCUCUCAGAGAUGGCAAUAUAUACCUUCUUAACACUCUGUCUGUCCGGGACUCAGUCUGUGUCUCUGUGACUCUAACGGCCCUGCCAGGUUAAAUCGGAUAACACCAGGACCCAGCUGCUAAUAUGGCCACCGAGAAAAGACUGUCUGCGAGACGCAAGCAUACUCUAAAGAGCUGUAUGCUGGUGGUGGCAAACAAUUUGCUGGAGGCUGAAGCAUCCGUGAAGGCUGAUGAGAGGGAGAAGUUCCUGGAAAACAAGUGUCCUCCCCUGGAACUGCCCCGCUCCAAGGAGGAGCUCCUGGAACUUUGCCAAAAACUUCACGAGCAGAUUGACAUCAGUGAAGAGGAGAGAUACAGCAUAGAGUUUAAACUGAACCUGGUGUUGAAUGAGGUCAGGGACCUCAACAUUAAGAUUGUGGAUUUGAGGGGAAAAUUCAAGAGACCCCGACUGAAGAAAGUACGUAUGUCUGCUGACGCCAUGCUCAAAGCUCUGCUGGGCUCCAAACACACAGUCAACAUGGACCUGAGGGCCAACCUGAAGCAGGUCAAGAAGGAGGUGAAAGAGGAGGACAAGCAGCUGCGUGAUGUGGGAGACUGGCGUAAGAACAUUGAGGACAAGUCUGAUAGGAAGAAGAUGUUUGAUAGUUAAAUGGGAUCUGUCACUAAUAGAUGGAAUUCAGGUUUAAUGUCUUUUUAACUGAAGAGUUUUAAACAAAAAUGCAACAUAUCCAGUUUACUUUUCAUUAUUAUUAGGAAGAUAAGAUGCUAUCUGCGGAGGGUAUGAUGUUAAAUAAUGUAGACCUAUUGGCUGGUGGGGACAUGGAGAAAGAUUGAUGUGUUUUCUAAGCUUCUGCUGUGGUACAGUAAGUGAUAAAUGGAGUUUAUACGUUUGAUCACAGGGGCUUUUGAGCAUGUGUUACACAAAUUUCUACUUCCCUGAGAGUGGUGGACAAUGGUAAUGUGCACUGUGUUCGAUGACACAGGGUGGACUAUUAUAGAUAUUUUUUCCUGUUUCUUUUUUUUUUUUGGAAGGGGUGGGGUGGGGAUAUUUUGCACUUUGGAAAAAAAACUCUUCGGCUGAAUCGAAGCUGCCUUGUGCUUUUGCCUGUACUGAAACUGUACUGUGAUGUAUUUGAACUAUACGUACUGGAAUCAGUUAGUACUUGAGUGAUGAAUCAAGCAAAUUUUUCUUCUGUUAAGGCUGAUAUAUGUUUCUGCAUAAUUAUACGAUGAUGCACCUUCCUCAAAACUUUAGUGUGUUGUCAUUGUUCAGUAAAAUCAGUGGUAUCAAUGUAUAAUGGAGACAGUUCGAGAGAGGACAGUGAUUCUCUACGUAGUAGUGCAUACUGUAAGUAUUGCAAGAUCACUGUUCUUCACGAUUUGAGCUUUGACCGGCACUGUUCGAUAACAUCACCUUCUUGUGUCUAUUACUUCUUACAAAAAUGGCACCCAGCUGCAAAGGUAGCACCACAAGUUAUUUGUCUCAGCAUUACAUAUGUUCACACAACAUGGAUGGAGACAUGAAUUCAUUUUCUUUUUCAGAUUUUCCCCUAGAGACCGAUCUUGUCAUAUCUUAGAGAUGGUUAUGUUGUAUCUGGAAACAAACUGACGUAUCUGUAAUACUUUCCAUUUUAAUAAUACAGUUUUGAUUUUUUUUUUUUUUUUUAAUAAGCAAAUCCUCAUUUUGAUUUUGACAAGGCUCGUUAUCUUAUUUGGCAAUAGACAGUGAUUAAACAGACAUUUAUUCCACCUUCAUUUAUUGUGAUUACUAACUAAACAGAAUUUCACCCUUUUCCUUUUUUUUUUUCUUUUUUUUUUUUUUUUUUAUCACAUCGAUCCAAGCCCUGCGGCCAGUAUGGAAUACGUGACUUCCUUUAUUGCAGAGGUAUAAUUCAGCCUACAGUUAUAAACAACAUCAUGUUCAUUCAUCUCUGUGUUUCUGUAAUGAUAAUGUGAUGUACUUUUCUUGUCACUUUGCUGUCACAUUAAAUACAAAGGCUUCAUGUUCA